AUGGGGCUGAUCGGACACAAAAUGUCUAACAUUACUAACAACAACACCUCUCAAAUUCAGACAGGCUGGAAAGAUGGGAAAUUUUUGCUCAAAGAAAUUCAUUAUAUCAUAUUGGCCGUUUUGAUAAUCGCUGUCAACGCUUGUGUGAUCAUAGCUGUAUGGCGAAAGCGGACUCUUCAUAAAUGGCAGAAUUAUCUACUCGUAAGUUUGGCUUGUUCAGAUUUAAGCACAGGGUUACUUGGUCUCCCGAUAGCGUUGUUGUGUUCAAUAGCAAUUGUGCCGAAGACUGGAUGCAUAUUCUGCACCGUGUCCUACCUAUUUACCAAAUUUAUAUCAAUUUCAACGAUCCUUCAUUUGCUAACCGUCACAUAUGAAAGAUUCUUGUUCAUAGUCUACCCGUUCCUUCAUGAAAGAUUAAGCGCUAAACAUGUUCGAUUUAAGAUGAUUUUGGCCGCUAUAUGGUGUAUAAGCUUGGCAGUUGCAUUGGUCCCUUUCAUUUGGACAGACCCGGCUAAUUGUUCGGAUAAUGACGAGGCAAAACAAUGGCUAUUUUAUACUGUAACUACGCUUAUCGUAUUUCUUAUUAUUCCAAUGGUUUUAUUGAUUUUUGCAUUUGUGUCAAUGUUUUUGGUCGCCAAACUCCACAUUCGCAGACAAGAAAUGCUAUUAACAAGAGUCAGAUCUGGGGCACAGAAUCCCACAGAGUCAAAUACGGCGUCCCGGAAGGAAGCCAGAGUGGCGAUAAUCUUUGCCUUAAUGUUGGCCAUUUUUGUGAUAUGUUGGGGUCCUUAUUUUGCAUUGAGUAUCAUAGAUGAGUUAGACAUGCAAAUAUAUGUACCAGACAAGCUGUGGCAGGCCAAUAACGUGCUGAGAUUCCUGACAUCGCUUUUGAAUCCUCUUUUGUAUAGCUUUCUAAAGAAGGAUUUUUGUCAGGCAUUGAGCAUGACUUGUUGCACGAGUGGUGCCGUGGCUCGUGGAUGCUGUGUGCCUUACAAUCGCAGGUGUAAUGCCCGAGAAGAGGUGAAGCUACAUAGCAAUGCCGCGCAGAGAUUGUCGGAAACUGGGCACCAUACAUUGAUUACGCAAGUGAGCACGGUUUGA